CAUCAUCACAUCGCCCGCCUCCUGACCUACCAUCCCCUGCAAGCACUGUCCACGCCGCUCGCAAUCAUUCAGAGACGGCGGAGGAGAGAAGAAUGUGAAGCUCGCCACCAUGUCCUUCUCAUACGACCGCUACGACCGCCGCCAGUCCUCGAGCCGCCGCACCACCUUCGGCUACUGGGUGCCCCUUGUGUUCACCGUCACCGUCGCAACCGCUGGAGUCGCCGCCUGGAUCUGGAGCCAGCGCGAGGAGGACGAGGAUGAAUCAGAUGAUGCCGACCUGAGUUAUGGCGAAGAUGGGGACAGAUCGCAACCAAUUCCUGGGCCACGAGACGUGGCGGGCUCAGUCCCGCAGGGCGUCGCGCACGAAGAGGAGGGCUUUCUAGGACGCGUCCAGGGCGCAAUACGGCGUACACCGAGUCCGCAGCAGGCGUUUGAUCUGGUCAGCAAGAAGGCCGUCGCCGGCGUCGCGGCAGCGGGCGCAGCUAUGGGCGGGGUGUUGUCGUCGAUUCGCGAGGAGGACAAAGACGCUUUCGAUGAGUCUUCGCGAUGGUCUGAGGAACAGCUCAUUCGGCGAAGCGUUGAGGCACAGUCUUCUCAGAGUGCGUCUGCUGUCGCGACCCAUACAUCCUCUUUCGGCGCAUCGGUGCGUGGAGGACCGCAAGCAGCUGGCGCGCGAAGGAAAACCGUGGUUAUUGUGGUGUCUGCUGAAGCUACACUCGAAAACAUGCAUGAUGAGGACGAGCAAGGCGCAUAUCACACUGAGCAUGCCUCCAUUCUCUCUCACAUCCCUGAAAUAGACGCUUCAAAGGCCCGUGUCUUCGUUCUUAUCUACUCCCCAUCCCUAAGUGCCCAGCCUACGGGGUCGUCCAGCUCCUACGCCGCUCCUCCGUCCCUUGGAUCCUCCUACUCGGCUCUCUCUACUCCCGCCGUAACCCCCGGUGAGGAACUCACACAAAUCGCACCUCACCCCGAAUCACCCUACACGCCCGCUCAGACCGCCACUACUCCCGCUCUCUCGGCCCGCGAUUCGGACAACUCUCUCUGGAACAGCCUCCACGUUCAAGCCCUCCGCCUCGUCGAGAACCCAACCAUGGUCAUGCCUUUUACGACUCCGACUGGGCACGUACAUAUGCUGCGGCACCUGGCGCCUGACGUUGUCUACAUAGUAGAUGCGCUCAGCGGGGAAAAUGGCGCCAAUGUCGAGCAGAUCAAGUCGUGGGUUGGGCAAGUUAUCGUGGUUGUGGGUGCUGAUGGCGCGGGCUUGGGAGGACUGGUGGAUACGGAUGACGAGGGCACCGGUGGCGAGGGGAAGGCUUACUCCCGGGGACACAAAUGGUGGGAGAGCGCUGAGAUGGUUGGGCUUGGAAAGGGUGUUGAGGUUGUGGACGGCGCACGAAUCCGUGAAGACGUCGAAAAGAGGGUUGGUGGCAGGGAUUAAGGCAUUGGACAAGGGCCUUUUUGCUGCAAUUUCCGCAUUAAACCUCGCAGACCGUGGAUCGGAAGUAUGCUUUGGACGCGUUAUGACGGAUGGCUGGUUGGGAAGCGAUUGGCUACUUGUACUUCAGUUGCGUAUAUAUCUUUGAAUCAAGUCCAUUACCAAACAGGCCCGGAGCC